AUGACAUUGUCAUCUAUUAGUUUCCUCAUUGUACUCUUCGUUUUGCAACUGAAACUGCCCUUGAUUUCUUCAUACGAUCGUACUAUCACAUGUGGUUGUUCAGAUAAAUCUCAACUACAGUCGAAAAUUAUCGGCGGACAAACUGUUCGCACGCGAACUUGGAGUUGGGCUGUGUCUAUUCGCGUUCAAAAUCGUUUUCAAUGCGCCGGUUCCAUUCUAACCAGUUCAUGGAUCUUAACAGCAGCUCAUUGCUUUUCAUUUACUAAUAGCCUAGGAGUCAACACAAUUCGAAUCGAUCCUUCGCUUAUCACCGUACACGCAGGUUCAAAUAAUCGACUCGAAGAUAACCAAUAUCGUCGGGCGAUUGACAUCUUCUCUCAUUCUCAAUUCGAUCCAUUAACUUAUCUCAAUGAUAUUGCGUUGAUUAAGGUAUCAACACCUUUCGAUAUGACUGAUAUCACGUUAGGCCAGAUAUGUUUACCCAAUUCAUCUUCGAAUGACUAUCCACUCACGAACACUUCCCUCGUUGCUAUCGGAUGGGGCCGAUUAUGGCAAAAUGGACCGGAAUCAUUAACAUUACAGCAAGUGAUUCUGAAAGCUAUUGCAGCCAAACAAUCCAGUUGUUCUCCGUUAGUUACCGAUUCAUCAAAACAACUGUGUGCUGGUGUUGAAAAUAGUCGAAAAGAUACAUGUCAAGGUGAUUCAGGUGGUCCGCUGAUGCUUUUUACAGCUAGCCAACAAUGGGUUAUCGUUGGUUUGACGUCCUUUGGUUACGGAUGUGCAAUUCCACAAUAUUCUGGUGUGUACACACGGAUCUCCGCCUAUGUCGAUUGGAUAAAGCAAUUUAUCAAUAUGACUGAUACUUCGUUAUUUCCAAAUUCUUCAGUUGCCUUUAAUCUCUACAAUGAUGGUGAUCUCGAAUGGAUAUUCAAUCGUUCGUUUCACUGUUGUAUAUCUCUGCAUUUACUUAUAUUUCUAUGGAUGAUUCUCAUGCUUUAA